AUGGAAAACUUUAUUUUGUAUGAAGAGAUUGGAAGAGGAAGCAAAACAGUCGUUUAUAAAGGCAGAAGAAAAGGAACGAUUAAUUUUGUGGCUAUUUUGUGCACUGAUAAAUGCAAAAGAGCUGAAAUAACAAACUGGGUGCGUCUUACCCAUGAAAUCAGACACAAGAACAUAGUAACAUUUCACGAAUGGUAUGAAACGAGCAACCAUCUCUGGCUUGUGGUAGAAUUAUGCACAGGUGGGUCACUGGAAAUGGUAAUCGCUCAAGAUGAGCAUCUACCUGAGGCUGUUGUACGAGAGUUUGGUAUUGAUUUGGUUACUGGACUCCAUCAUGUUCAUGACCUUGGAAUUCUUUUCUGUGAUCUUACACCUGGAAAGAUUCUUCUGGAAGGACCUGGAACUCUGAAAUUCAGUAACUUCUGCCUGGCUAAAGCAGAAGGUGAAAACUUAGAAGAAUUUUUUGCUUUAAUAGGAACAGAGGAGGGAGUAGGUGACAGUGGUGAAAACACAGGACAAAGAAAUCAGAAAAACAAACUUAAAGGUUCUCCAGUAUACAUUGCUCCAGAAGUGAUAAAAGGAGCUGACUUCUCUAUAGCCAGUGAUCUGUGGUCAUUGGGCUGUUUGCUGUAUGAAAUGUUCUCAGGGAAACCUCCGUUUGUCUCAGAAAACCUCACUGAAUUAUCAGAAAAGAUUGCGCAUGAAGAUCCUUUUCCACUUAGACAAGAAGGACCUGUCCCGCUAAAACCAUCUCCAGACUUUGUUAGCUUGCUUGAGUCCUUGCUUCAAAAGGAUCCACUAAAGAGGUUGACUUGGGUAGAAUUAUUACAACAUCCUUUCUGGAAAGGUGCCUUUAUGCCGACUCCCAGUGAAUCCGUGUCCAGCCAAGACUCAAGCUUCAGUUUGAAUAGUGCUGGAAAUGCCGAGCUCUUUGUAUCUGGAAAGUCUAACGAUCAAUCAGAGAGUAAAAAAAACGCAGACAUCAUUAUGUGUCCAGAAGCAGAAAAUAAACAAUUGAACAAAUCUUUCAAGCUGGAAAAUCCAGAAGAAUUACGUCCAAAAAAUGCAGCUGAUGGUGAAUCAAAUGAGUCUAUAUUUCUUCUCAGUUCUCGCCCCACUCCAAGAACUAGCACUACACUAGAAAUGAGCGGCACGACUACUGGUCUGACUCCAAAUUCAGCACACCAAACACUGCCUCCUUCAGUAAAGGUUAAAAACACAUACUGCAGUCAGCAGGAUAUAGAGUUCAAAAUGAAGGAACUUAUCUACACGGAGUCUGACCUUAGUGUAACUCCGAUUAUUGACAACCCAAAGAUAGUAAAACAAGCACCAGUGAGAUUUGACUUGAAAAAUUUACAUAUACCAGCCCAUUCAGCUGAGAAGCUCUUGCUGCUAAAAGAAGCAGAGUGGAAUGACUUCCUGCAGCAGCUGUGUCAGCUGAUUGACUCCCCAGAGAAGACCACAGGAACAGCCCGAGCUAAACUGAAUUUACUUUGCUACCUCUGCACUGUUGUUGGCAAUAAGGAAGUAGCAACUAAGUUAAUCAAGACACAGCUGUUCACAGUGCUAAUACAGCAGUUGCGGAUAGCUCCAAACUGGGAUAUACGUGCCAAAGCAGCCCGUGUGAUUGGUUUACUGGCAUCACAUACAUCUGAACUUAAAGAAAAUGUUCCAGUUAUAGAGGCUGUCACUCUGUUAACUGAACUGAUCAGAGAAAACUUCAGGAAUAGUAAACUAAAACAGUGCCUUUUACCAAGCCUUGGAGAAUUACUUUAUCUUGUGGCCAGCCAGGAAGGGAAAAAAGAACACCCCAGAGAGAGCUGGGUCCUUCCUUCAGCUGCUUACACUGUACUAAUGAGAUGCCUUCGGGAAGGGGAAGAACGUGUUGUGAAUCACAUGGCUGCAAAAAUAGUUGAAAAUGUCUGCUCCACUCUUUCUUGCCAUGCUCAGGGAUUUAUUACUGGAGAAAUUGGACCAGUAUUGUGGUAUCUUUUUAAACAUUCAACCAUAGAUUCUUUAAGGAUAACUGCUAUUUCGGCACUAUGCAAAAUUACUCGUCACUCACCUAGUGCUUUCCAGAGUGUGAUUGAAAAAGUGGGAUUAACAGCUGUGAUAAAUUCACUGGCAACUGGAAUAUGUAAAGUUCAACAGUAUAUGAUGACUAUGUUCUCUUCUAUGUUGUCUUGCGGGAUCCAUUUGCAGAGACUGGUUCAAGAAAAGGACUUUGUAAUUACAGUUAUUCGACUGUUUGAAAGUCCUUCGGCUUCCAUUCGAGCAAAAGCCUUUUUGGUCCUGUUACAAGUUAUAAUUAAUAACAGGGAGAUGCUGCUUCUGAGCUGCCAAGCAAGACUGGUGAUGUACAUUGAAAGAGACAGCAGAAAGGCCACGCCAGGAAAAGAACAGCAAAGCAGCAAUGAAUACCUGUCAAAAUGCCUGGAUCUUCUUAUCUAUCACAUUGUGCAGGAGCUACCACAGAUUCUAGAUGACAUGCUUGCCGCUUUAGCCAAUGUAUCAGGACGUAAGCAUCCAUCAACAGUUCAAGCAAAACAAUUGAAGGGUUGCCUUCCAAUGAUAUCUGUAGUACUUCAUCUCGUAACAUCUCAGGUGUUUCGCCCCCAAGUUGUAACUGAUGAGUUUCUUUGCAACUAUGGAACUUUCCUGAAUUUUGUCAGAUCAAUAGAUUCAGGAGAAACUAACUUACGUGGAGCAAUUGGACAAACAGCUUCAGAAGAACUGAUCAAGUCUGCCUUAUCAACACUUGAGGCAAUAAUACAGCAUCCAUCCUUGUUGAUGCUUUACUGUUCAACAGUUAUGGAUUACAUCCUUCCACCCUUAGUUUCUUUGGUCUCCAGUCAAAAUGUGGAAUGGAGACUCUUCAGCUUGCGGUUGCUCUCAGAAACCACAUCACUGCUUGUGAGCCACGAGGUCAUGGCUGAAGAGAAAGAGAACCUUAACUCAAACAACAAGCUUCUGUCUCUUAUUAGAGACUCGUUGCUGCCUCAAUUUGAACAAAUUCUAAUGGCUCCUGACCCAGUACCAGCUUAUGCUCUGAAGCUGUUAGUUGCCCUGACUGAAUACAGCCCAGUUGUGACAAG